GAUGAGAACAUUUUCAAUGAAGAAGAAGACUCAAAAUGGUCGAUCUGCAAAUAUCAUCCUGAAAUGCAGUUUUGCAAGUGGGAUCCUUUGCAUAGUCCCGGAAUCCCACAAGUUAUAGUCGAUCUUGAAACUACAACCAUACGUUGGAAACCGGACGAUACUCCAUUCGUGUCCAAGACAAAUUUUGACACUCCCACAGUAAUCAAAUCUCCGAUUUUCGUGGCAACAUCUGCACAGAAGACAGCACCGGCAAUUGUUCCAAUGAGCGGAUCUUCGAUGAGUCAAGAAGACAAAUCUCGAUAUGAUGGAAAACUAAGCAUGGAGCGCUUGGGAUCAGCCCCUACUCGCACCGCUGUUCCAGCUGAAGAUGAUGAGUUCAACGACAAUAUCAUGGACAUGAAAGAAGAUGUGUUUGGAUAA